AUGGCGAGCUCUCGCCCACGGCCUCAGGAUCCCAUCAACGGUGGUUGGGCCGAUGCGUCUGUGUCUCGACCGCAUUCUCCUCCGCCCUACAGCAGUCCGCCCCCGGAACGCGUCGAUGUCGACUUUGCCUUCGGAACGAUGGACCAGGUGUCUAUCGACGCUUUUUACUUCGACAAUGUCACCGAAGAAGACUCCGAAGAAGAGUCUGUCACCUCCGAUGUCCUAGCCGAGCUCGAUAAGCUCGACGAGCAGCUGCGUAUACAUCGUGCGCCGGUUGUGCAGCCUAUUGCCCAGCAGCAGCCGUUUCCACUUAUGCGGUUGCCUCUUGAGUUACGCGAACAAGUGUAUGACGAAUACUUUAGGGCCGAAUUCAUACUUCGCGACCCGUACUACCCAGCCGAUCCCAAACCCGUCCCCCUUGAGCUACAAAGACGGUUUCUCCACCCUUUCGGCGAUGUAAAAGGCCUUUACGACACCGACUUCGAAGGUUGUCACGAAAUCGCCGUCUCCGAACUCCGCAAAGCAAUGGCAAUCCCAUACCCCACCGUCCGCGAGUCCUGCGAACUAGCCACCACCCUCAUGGAAGAAGGCGACCUCCUCCUCGCGACCAACAAUCCCCAGAACGCGCUAAACGCCUACAUCAAGUCCUUCGACGCAAUUCACAUCAAGAUCUCCGGACGUGACCGUCGCAUCCUAGCAGACGGUCACUUUGCAGAUGACAUUCACGAGGGCCGUUACGCAGGUCAGGCCGCGAUGACCGUCCGCGUUGUCCUCCGUAUUAGGCUUGUGGCCCGCGUAAUCCACGCCUACAUUCAGCUCGGUCUCCCCAACGAAGCAGCCUUCUGGGGCAUCCGCAGCAUCAAACUCGUCCGCCAAGGCACUCCCCCCUCCGCCGACAUGGACGAUUUCUUCGCCGACUUCAUUGGCUCCUCGGACAUCGCACUCAUGUAUGCGUGGACUGCCGCUGCCUUAACUCUCAUGGAAGAAGACGAGAAGUGGAGGGAGGAGAGAGAGGGAUAUAAGUGGGAGGAUGGGGCUUGGCGGACAAGGGGCUAUGUGGAGGAGGGCGGGGUUGUACCUUGCAAGCGAGAGGCAUGCGUCGGAUAG